CACCUUCAGUAGUAUCUGACCCAGAGCAUAACAUAGCCUUAGCUAAGCUACAUAGUAAGGGGGAGUGGGUUUGGUUCAGACUUCAUUGGUCAGGGUCGCAUGGCGGAGGGUAAGCCGUACCGGUAUGGUCUGAUCGCGGCGGGGAUGUGUGUGUUGUUAGUCGGUCUUUUCGUUAUGACUCAGGAGCGACCUCACAUCUACGCAACACUCUGCUCUCUGGGGAUCAUCAUGGUCACCCUUGGCACCGCGUGGAGCCUCUGCCAGUGCUACCCUAAGGUGGUGUUGAUCUCUCAGAGCUUGGAGGAGAGGGGAGCCAAGGACAGCAUGGAUGCUGCUGCAGGGGAGAAAAACAUCAGAGUUACACUGGCUGGUUUCCAUGAUAACAAGGUCAGCCCUGCCCUGUCUGUCCCUCUGGUCCUCCAGCUCCACUCUUCCCACAGCUGUCCCAUACUACACCUGGCUUGA